CGUUGCGUCUCUCUCUCUCUAAGCUCACAAGAAUCUCACUAUUUUCGCCUCAAUCUAAUUGUAGAAUCCCUUCUGGAGAUUUAUUUUUUUUUUUCUUGAAGAGCACGGGUCAAAGUUCCCAUCUUUCUCCCCAUAUAUAUACACACACACACCAAACAAAGAGAUCCCUCCUGGUUUACAGAGAGAAAAAAAGCCAUACGAUGGAAAACGAGGAGAGAGAAACAAGAAGGGCGAAGAAGGGGGAAGAUGAGAGAGUGCCGUUCUAUAGGCUGUUCGCGUUCGCAGACAGAGACGACGUGGCGUUGAUGAUGGUGGGGAGCAUCGCCGCCGUGGGAAACGGCUUCACUCAGCCGAUGAUGACUCUCAUCUUCGGCCAGCUCAUCAAUUCCUUCGCCUCCUCCGAUCCCCACCACGACUUCGUCCGCCAAGUCUCUAAGGUGGCUGUGAAGUUUCUGUACCUUGCGUUCUACUCUUGCGUCGUCUCCUUCCUCCAGGUUUCGUGCUGGAUGGUGACAGGGGAGCGUCAGUCCGCCAGGCUUCGCGGUCUGUACCUCAAAACGAUACUAAGACAAGACAUUGCCUUCUUUGACACAGAGACAAACACAGGCGAAGUCAUCGGCAGAAUGUCUGGAGACACCAUUCUCAUCCAGGACGCCAUGGGAGAGAAGGUCGGGAAGUUCAUACAGCUUAUCUCAACGUUCAUUGGAGGAUUCGCCAUCGCUUUUGUAAAGGGAUGGAGAUUAACUGUCGUUCUCCUUGCGUGCAUUCCUCUACUUGUGGCCGCAGGAGGAACAAUGGCCCUGAUCAUGUCGAAAAUGGCUGGUCGAGGCCAACUCGCUUACGCAGAAGCUGGAACCGUGGUUGAACAGACUGUCGGAGCCAUCAGAACGGUUGUCGCAUUCACGGGAGAGAAAAAGGCCGCGGAUAAGUACGAAAGCAAGCUGAUGAUCGCGUACAAGACCACCGUUCAACAAGGUCUGAUCUCUGGUCUAGGCCUCGGCACUAUGCUCACCGUGAUCUUCUGCAGCUAUGCUUUAGCGGUCUGGUACGGUGCCAGGCUGAUUUUGGACAGAGGGUACAAUGGUGGCCAAGUCAUGAACGUGAUUUUCGCCGUCAUGACCGGAGGAAUGUCGUUGGGGCAGACAUCGCCAUGCAUGAACGCAUUCGCGGCAGGUCAAGCUGCGGCCUACAAAAUGUUCGAGACGAUCAAGAGAAAGCCGACAAUCGACCCUUACGACAAGAAUGGGGUUGUAUUGGAGGAGAUCAGAGGCGACAUCGAGCUGAAAGAUGUCCACUUUAGGUACCCAGCGAGGCCGGAUGUUCAGAUAUUCUCGGGAUUCUCGCUGUUCGUCCCGAGCGGGACAACUGCAGCUCUGGUGGGUCAGAGCGGGAGCGGGAAAUCGACGGUGAUCAGUCUGAUUGAGAGGUUCUACGAUCCAGAAGCAGGGGAAGUGAUGAUCGAUGGCGUGAACUUGAAGAAUCUUCAGCUGAGUUGGAUGAGAAGCAUGAUCGGUUUGGUUAGUCAAGAACCGAUACUUUUCGCAACGACGAUCAGAGAGAACAUUGCAUACGGCAAGGAAAACGCAACGGAGAAUGAGAUUCGAACAUCAGUCGAGCUCGCUAACGCUGCCAAAUUCAUCGACAAGCUCCCUAAUGGGCUGGACACGAUGGUUGGAGAGCAUGGGACGCAGCUAUCGGGAGGGCAGAAGCAGAGGAUUGCAAUCGCAAGGGCCAUUCUGAAGAACCCUAAAAUCCUACUACUGGACGAAGCGACCAGCGCUUUGGAUGCGGAAUCCGAGCGCGUGGUUCAGGACGCGUUGGCUAACGUCAUGACGAGCAGAACCACCGUCGUGGUGGCUCACCGACUCACAACCAUCAGAUCCGCUGAUAUGAUCGCGGUCGUCCACCAGGGCAAAAUCGUCGAGAAAGGAACUCAUGAGGAUCUUAUCCGAGAUCCAGAGGGAGCGUAUACUCAGCUUGUCCGCCUUCAAGAAGGAGCCAAGGAAGAAGACGACCAUUCCUCAAAGAAACCAGAAAUGAGCUUCGACAGUGAGAGAUCGAUUAGCCAAACCGGAAACCAGAAACAUUCAUCGUUUAGAAGAUCGGUUAGCAGGAGCUUUUCCAGCGGUCGUCGUUCCUUCACCCGCACAUCCAAUGGAAUUCCAGAAUUGAUUAACAUGUACCGGUUAACCGAUCUUCAUCAAGAUGAUGAAACCGGCUCUCCCCAAGAAACCGCCGUCAAACGUCGCAAGAAAGUGUCCCUGAAAAGGCUCGCUUACCUUAACAAACCGGAGAUUCCGGUUCUGUUGCUAGGUUCGGUCGCGGCAGCGGUUCACGGUGUAGUGUUCCCGAUCUUUGGUUUGCUGCUCUCGAGCUCUAUCACGAUGUUCUUCGAGCCCCCAAGAGAGUUAAAGAAGGACUCACGCUUCUGGACGCUCAUAUACAUUGUCCUCGGGAUAAUGAACUUGAUCGCUAUCCCGAUCCAGAACUAUUUCUUUGGCGUGGCUGGUGGAAAAUUGAUCAAACGUAUCCGUUCAUUGUCGUUCGAUAAAGUCGUGCAUCAAGAGAUCAGUUGGUUCGACGAUCCCGCAAAUUCGAGUGGGGCGAUCGGGGCGAGAUUGUCGACGGAUGCUUCCACGGUGAGGAGUCUGGUGGGGGAUACGUUGGCGUUGAUAGUGCAGAACGUAGCGACGAUAAUCGCUGGCCUAUUCAUAGCCUUUACAGCUAACUGGAUAUUAGCCUUCACAGUUCUAGCCGUCUCGCCUCUGAUGAUCCUCCAAGGUUAUUUCCAGAUGAAGUUCCUAACUGGAUUCAGCGCAGAUGCGAAGGUGAUGUACGAAGAGGCGAGUCAGGUGGCGAACGAUGCAGUGAGCAGUAUAAGGACGGUGGCUUCUUUCUGCUCAGAGGGUAAAGUGAUGGACCUUUACCAGAAGAAAUGCGAAGGACCGAAGAAGCAUGGUGUCCGGUUAGGGCUCGUGAGCGGUUCCGGUUACGGGUUCUCUUUCUUGGCGCUCUACUGUAUCAACGCCUUCUGCUUCUACAUCGGCUCGGUUCUGGUUCAACAUGGGAGGGCCACUUUCGGUGAAGUCUUCAGGGUGUUCUUUGCAUUGACGACUACCGCCAUUGGAGUGUCCCAAACGAGUGCCAUGGCACCGGACACGACCAAAGCCAAGGAUUCUGCCGCUUCUAUAUUCGAUAUUCUGGACGGUAAGCCGAAGAUCGAUUCCAGUUCGAACGAGGGGACGACUUUACCGAUGGUGAAAGGCGACAUCGAAUUCUGUAACGUCAGUUUCAGGUACCCAACGAGACCAGACAUCCAGAUAUUCCGAGACUUGUCCCUGACUAUCCCCUCCGGCAAGACCGUGGCCCUUGUUGGAGAGAGCGGAAGCGGGAAGUCUACGGUGAUAAGCCUGAUCGAGAGAUUCUACGAUCCGGAUUCAGGCAAGGUACUGCUCGACCAGGUCGAGAUACAGACCUUCAAACUGAGCUGGUUAAGACAACAGAUGGGUUUGGUUAGCCAAGAACCAGUUCUGUUCAACGAGACUAUACGAGACAACAUCGCCUAUGGGAAAACAGGUGGAGCUACGGAGGAAGAGAUCAUAGCCGCAGCACAAGCGGCCAAUGCCCAUAACUUCAUCAGCUCAUUACCUCAGGGAUACAACACAUCGGCUGGUGAACGAGGAGUCCAGCUCUCGGGAGGCCAGAAGCAGCGGAUAGCAAUCGCCCGGGCCAUUCUCAAGGACCCGAAGAUUCUUCUGCUGGACGAAGCCACCAGUGCAUUGGACGCAGAGUCUGAGCGGGUGGUCCAGGACGCGCUUGACAGGGUCAUGGUGAACCGGACCACCGUAGUGGUGGCUCAUCGGCUGACCACCAUCAAGAACGCUGAUGUGAUCGCCGUUGUAAAGAAUGGAGUGAUUGCUGAGAAGGGACGGCAUGAUUCGCUCAUGAGGGUCUCUGAUGGUGCUUACGCCUCACUGGUGGCUCUUCAUAUGAGUGCUAACUGAGGAUAGACCUAAAGGAAAACAUAUAUAGAACAUAUUUCCAGACGAAUGAUUCUUCAUUUUUUUUUCCUGC